CCUUUUUCUCUCUUUCUCUCUUUCUCUCUUGAGAUCCUUCUCCUUCUUGUUCUUGUUCUUCUUCUCCUUCUUCUUCUUCUCUUCAUCUCUUCACGAAAGAAGGUUGGGCAUUCAGGUAUGGGGUCUGUCUUCGGUGACUGGCCUUCCUACGAUCCCCUCAACUUCAGCCAGCUUCGCCCAUCCGACCCCUCUCAGCCAUCUAAACUGAGACUUGUCACUUAUCGUCCUACACAUAACAGGGUAAUGCCACCACCCGAUCAAGUGAUAUCAACUGAAGAGACGAACAUUCUACUAAGACAAUUUUAUCAGAAAGCUGACGAGAAGUUGCGACCGAAGAGAGCGGCGACUGACAAUCUCAUGCCGGAGCAUGCUUGCAAACAAGCUAGGGGUGCCUUUGCUGAAAAUGCAUCAAACUAAGCUUAUGCUUUGAGUUUAAGUUAUAUAUUACUGUGUAUCUUUUAGUAAUUUUCAUAACUUGUAUGUUUUAUUUUAUGUGGUGUGCUUAUAUCUUUUUAGUUUUUUUUUCUAAUAAAAAUGAAAAUUGACAAUGCAUGUU